AGCCUUCACAGUUUCACACACGCACAACGCCAACGGGACGGGUAGGCAAGCAGCAGUCCAUCUUCUAACGGUUCUCCGUUUUUUUACAUAAAUAAUCGUAACCAUGGCAACGGGGUGCAUAACAGCCACCAAGUACUUCCUGUUCCUAUUCAACCUCCUCUUCUUUAUCUUCGGAGCGUUGAUCAUGGGAUUCGGGCUCUGGGUUCUCCUUGACAACCAGAGCUUCAUAGCAGUGCUACAGGAGUCUUCCAACACCCUGAAGGUAGCUUCCUACAUCCUGAUAGGUGUGGGGUCUCUCUCCAUGGUCAUGGGCUUCCUGGGCUGUAUAGGAGCCAUCUACGAGAUCCGCUGUCUGUUGGGUCUGUACUUCACCUGCCUCCUGCUCAUCCUUGUUGCCCAGGUGACAGCCGGCGUGCUCAUCUAUUUCCAGAGAGACCUGCUGAAGAACGAGAUGUCCAACAUCAUGAAAGGGAUGCUGGCCAACUACACGGGCCAGAACAAGACCUCGGAGCUGACCUGGGACUACAUCCAGAGGACGAUGAAGUGCUGUGGAUGGACACAGUCUUCUGACUGGUCGGAGAACGUGUGGAUCAAGAACAGCUCUCAGAUCCUGUACCCUUGCUCGUGCCGGAACGCCUCCCUGCCCGGCACCGACAUCAAGGAAUCAGGCCUGUGUGAGAGCAUGUCCACAGACAUGCCCAUCUACCAAACGGGCUGCAUACACAAUGUGGAAGGCUGGCUCCUGGAGAACUGUGGAGUUAUUCUUGGAAUCUGUGUCGGAGUGGCAGUUGUGGAGCUUUUGGGUAUGAUCCUGUCCAUGUGCCUCUGCAAGAGUGUUGUCCAGGAAGAUUACACCAAGGUUCCCAAGUACUGAGACGGAUGACGACUGGAGCCAUGCAGCCCACACACACACACACACACACACACACACACACACACACACACAAGGAGAGGCAGCUGUCUCAAGCCAUUAACCAUCCUCUGUCAAGACAACUGUGUAGGUCUUGAACUCUUGGCUCUUCUCAGUCCCAUUCUUACACACACACACACACACACACACAUCUCAUUCAAUAUGAACAAAGGACCUUGUUCCUUUUGGACAUGCACUCGCUGUUUUACAAUGGUUCGCCAAUAUUUCAUAUUUUUAUCAGACAAAACAGCAUUUAUUUAGCACCAGUUUUGGAUUCUGUUUUGAAUGAAGCCAGAAGUUCAGGCAUAAUGACGUCCUCGUCGUCGGCGCGAACGAAUAAACUGUGUCACUGUCCUCCACGUGUCCCUGUUC